AUGAAAUAUCUCACUCUCCUCGCAACAUUAUGCUCUAUCUCAGCAGCCGCUCCCGCAUACAUCACUCCCCAAUGCCCUCCAAUCCCCCAAAUAGCCCCAACCGGCCAACUUCCCGCCGGCAGCCUCUCGCCCGCUUUCCUCCUCCCAGUGUCCCAAUUGCAGCCCAACCACACUUUCCCCGCCAGUCAGUCCGCCAUCGUUACGCCCCACGACAAAUGCACACUCACACGCUUCGACAUCCCCGCAUCUGCUCAAAACAAGACAUGCAGCCUCGUGCUCUUCCUCGGCACCGGCGGUAAGGAACAAGGGCCAGGAAAUAUUAUCUUCCAGGGUAAUUUGGGAGUGAGAUACCCGAUCCCGGGCGAAACUACUUGGGCGAAUCAGCCGCCUCUGGGUGCGCCGUUUGCGGAUGCGCCGCUGAUUAGAGUUGGGGAGGCGUAUCGGCUUGGUGGUGGGCCGUGCGAUUAUACGCCUGGUCAGGCGUUUACCAGUGUUGGAGGGAGUAUUUGUAGUAACGAUACUACGCUGACGUUUACGCAAUCUGAUGGGGGCUGUGGAAAGUGUCCGGUUGGAUUUCACAUUAUCAUCUUGUGA